AUGUUGGAGUCUCUACGGAAUGAGCUGCGGCUGUGUUGUGUGGGCGGGACGUCACGGGUCCGUGCUGGCAACAUCACAGUGUUGAGGACCUCCCCGACCUCCGUGCUGGUGACCUGGACGAGGCCCAACCUCAACAACCUCAAGUACGAGAUAACCUACAAGCCCACCAACGCCAACCUACUACUCGAUCAUAACCCUACAACGUCCUCAUAUUCUAACAACGUAAUCCCAGCCCCCUACUACUUGCUCACAACUACUACUUGCUCACAACUACUACUUGCUCACAACUACCACUUGCUCACAACUACCACUUGCUCACAACUACCACUUGCUCACAACUACCACUUGCUCACAACUACCACUUGCCCACAACUACCACUUGCUCACAACUACCACUUGCUCACAACUACCACUUGCUCACAACUACCACUUGCUCACAACUACCACUUGCUCACAACUACCACUUGCUCACAACUACCACUUGCUCACAACUACCACUUGCUCACAACUACCACUUGCUCACAACUACCUCUUGCUCACAACUACCACUUGCUCACAACUACCACUUGCUCACAACUACCACUUGCUCACAACUACCUCUUGCUCACAACUACCACUUGCUCACAACUACCACUUGCUCACAACUACCACUUGCUCACAACUACCUCUUGCUCACAACUACCACUUGCUCACAACUACCACUUGCUCACAACUACCACUUGCUCACAACUACCACUUGCUCACAACUACCACUUGCUCACAACUACCACUUGCUCACAACUACCACUUGCUCACAACUACCACUUGCUCACAACUACCACUUGCUCACAACUACCACUUGCUCACAACUACCACUUGCUCACAACUACCACUUGCUCACAACUACCACUUGCUCACAACUACCACUUGCUCACAACUACCACUUGCUCACAACUACCACUUGCUCACAACUACCACUUCCUCACAACUACCACUUCCUCACAACUACCACUUGCUCACAACUACCACUUGCUCACAACUACCACUUGCUCACAACUACCACUUGCUCACAACUACCACUUGCUCACAACUACCACUUGCUCACAACUACCACUUGCUCACAACUACUACUUCCUCACAACUACCACUUGCUCACAACUACCACUUGCUCACAACUACUACUUCCUCACAACUACCUCUUGCUCACAACUACCACUUGCUCACAACUACCUCUUGCUCACAACUACCACUUGCUCACAACUACCACUUGCUCACAACUACCACUUCCUCACAACUACCUCUUGCUCACAACUACCACUUGCUCACAACUACUACUUCCUCACAACUACCACUUGCUCACAACUACCACUUGCUCACAACUACUACUUCCUCACAACUACCACUUGCUCACAACUACCACUUGCUCACAACUACCACUUGCUCACAACUACUACUUCCUCACAACUACCUCUUGCUCACAACUACCACUUGCUCACAACUACCUCUUGCUCACAACUACCACUUGCUCACAACUACCACUUGCUCACAACUACCACUUCCUCACAACUACCUCUUGCUCACAACUACUACUUGCUCACAACUACUACUUCCUCACAACUACCACUUGCUCACAACUACCACUUGCUCACAACUACUACUUCCUCACAACUACCAUUUGCUCACAACUACCACUUGCUCACAACUACCACUUGCUCACAACUACCACUUGCUCACAACUACUACUUGCUCACAACUACCACUUGCUCACAACUAUCACUUGCUCACAACUACUACUUGCUCACAACUACCACUUGCUCACAACUACCACUUGCUCACAACUACUAUUUGCUCACAACUACCACUUGCUCACAACUACCACUUGCUCACAACUACUACUUGCUCACAACUACCACUUGCUCACAACUACUACUUCCUCACAACUACCACUUGCUCACAACUACCACUUGCUCACAACUACCACUUGCUCACAACUACUACUUCCUCACAACUACCACUUGCUCACAACUACCACUUGCUCACAACUACUACUUCCUCACAACUACCACUUGCUCACAACUACUACUUCCUCACAACUACCACUUGCUCACAACUACCACUUCCUCACAACUACCACUUGCUCACAACUACUACUUCCUCACAACUACCACUUGCUCACAACUACUACUUCCUCACAACUACCACUUGCUCACAACUACUACUUCCUCACAACUACCACUUGCUCACAACUACCACUUGCUCACAACUACCACUUGCUCACAACUACCACUUGCACACAACUACCACUUGCUCACAACUACCACUUGCUCACAACUACCACUUGCUCACAACUACCACUUGCACACAACUACCACUUGCUCACAACUACCACUUGCUCACAACUACCACUUGCACACAACUACCACUUGCUCACAACUACCACUUGCUCACAACUACCACUUGCUCACAACUACCACUUGCACACAACUACCACUUGCUGACAACUACCACUUGCUCACAACUACCACUUGCUCACAACUACCACUUGCUCACAACUACCACUUGCACACAACUACCACUUCCUCACAACUACCACUUGCUCACAACUACCACUUGCUCACAACUACCACUUGCACACAACUACCACUUCCUCACAACUACCACUUGCUCACAACUACCACUUGCUCACAACUACCACUUGCUCACAACUACCACUUGCACACAACUACCACUUGCUCACAACUACCACUUGCUCACUAA